AUGGACAACGUUGCGGAUAAUGAGAUGCUCGUCGAUGAAUAUGAGCAGUAUCACAAUGACAGGACAGAUGAUGUCGUGGUUUCUCGCUCCGGAUCAGAGGAGCUGGAACCAGAGCCCCUUGCGGAUGACUUUUCAGCAAUGAUGGCACGCAUACUUCCUAAGGAUCCCGACCUGGAAACCGCGGACGAGGCAUAUCACACAUGGCACAUCCAGGAUUGGCGGAAGUUGAAAAAGAAGGAGCAUGGGCCAGUAUUCCAGUGCGGGGGAUUCCCAUGGCGGGUUCUUUUCUUCCCUUACGGCAAUCAUGUCGAUUAUGCAUCGUUCUAUUUGGAGCAUGCCUGGGACAAGGAGCCUCCGGAAAAUUGGUAUGCAUGCGUCCAGUUUGCUCUGGUACUGUGGAACGUCAAUGACCCAUCUAUUUACGUAUCUCACGUCGCUACGCACCGUUUCAAUGCCGACGAGGGCGAUUGGGGCUUUACCAGGUUCUGUGAGCUGCGCAGGCUUUUCAACAUGCCAUGGGAAGGCCAUGGAGUGCCGUUAGUGCAGAAUGAUGAAGCUAAAGUCACUGCCUACGUGCGUGUUGUGAAGGACCCGACAGGGGUACUUUGGCACAGUUUUCAGAAUUACGACUCGAAGAAGGAGACUGGCAUGGUGGGGUUGAAAAACCAGGGCGCAACGUGUUACCUCAACUCCCUGCUGCAAUCCCUGUAUUUCACAAAUGCUUUCCGCAAGGCCGUGUACCAAAUUCCCACGGAGGCAGAAGCGACAAGAGAGAACAGUGCCUGGACCCUUCAAAGACUCUUCUACAAUCUUCAAACGAGCGAAAACUCUGUCUCGACAACCGAGUUGACUGCAUCAUUUGGCUGGGAAUCGCGGCAGAUCUUCGAACAGCAAGAUGUUCAAGAACUUUCCCGAAAGCUUAUGGAAAGAUUGGAGGAGAAGAUGAAAGCGACACCAGUAGAGAAGGCACUGCCUGAACUUUUCGUCGGCAAGACGAAGACUUAUAUUUCUUGCAUCAACGUCGACUACGAAUCGUCACGUGUGGAAGAUUUUUGGGAUAUUCAGCUCAAUGUCAGAGGCAACAAGACCCUCGACGAUAGUUUCAAGGACUACAUCCAGGUGGAAACCCUCGAGGGCGAGAACAAGUACGAUGCAGGCUCUCCCUACGGCUUGCAAGAUGCCAAGAAAGGUGUCAUCUUCGAGAGCUUCCCUCCUGUGCUUCAUCUGCACCUCAAACGUUUCGAAUAUGACAUUAAUCGCGAUGCGAUGAUGAAGAUCAAUGACCGUCACGCUUUCCCGAUGGAGUUCGACGCGACUCCAUAUCUCUCCGAUGCUGCCGACAAAUCCGAACCGUGGAUUUAUCAGUUGCAUGGAGUUCUAGUUCACAGUGGUGAUUUGAACGCAGGCCAUUACUACGCAUUCUUGAAGCCUACCAAGGACGGUCAUUGGUACAAAUUCGACGACGACCGUGUAACUCGGGCUACUGACAAGGAAGUACUUGAGGAGAACUACGGUGGUGAAUAUGAACUAUCCAAUGGCGCGGCUGGCGUCCGGCAACCACAUACACGGGGUUUGUCGACCAAGCGGUCAAUGAAUGCCUACAUGUUGGUCUAUAUUCGGAAAACACGCUUGGAUGAUGUCCUUCUGCCGAUAACAAAGGAAGAUAUCCCUUCUCACAUUGAAAAGCGUUUAGUGGAGGAGCGGGCAGAGCUUCUCCGCAGAAAGAAGGAGAGAGAAGAGGCUCACCUGUAUAUCAAUAUCGGAGUUCUAUCGGACGAGUCGUACAGGUCACAUCAUGGCUUCGAUUUGACGAGCACGGACCUACCCCCAGGCGAUCCGGCCCAGCCGAAACAAUAUAGGAUUCUUCGGGCUAAGAAGGUUGGCGAGUUCGUAGAGCAGCUUGCCGAAGAACGGGGUCUGAACGCAAACCAAAUCAGGCUGUGGGUGAUGGUGAACCGUCAAAACAAGACGACUCGCCCGGACCAAGCCAUCAAAGACCCAGAAAUGACAGUGGAAGAGGCCUACAGCAGAUUUGGCACUAAAGGAAACCCGUUCAAAGUAUGGAUGGAAGUUGGUCAACCAUCUACGGAUGGGACCAUCUCCUGGCCUGACAGCAGUACUUCUGUUCUCGUCUUUCUGAAGAACUUCGACGUCCCCUCGCAGACUCUUUCUGGAGUCGGUGCUGUAUACGUCCGCAAGAACCAGAGAGUCGCAGAACUCGCCCCGACAAUUCUCGAGAAAAUGAACUGGCCUGCCGGGACGGAGUUCAUGCUUUUCGAGGAAAUCAAGCACAACAUGAUCGAUGUGAUGAAGCCAAAACAGACUUUCCAGCAGUCUGAAAUUCAAGACGGCGAUAUAAUCACGUUUCAACGCACAGUCAAAGAAUCCGACUUACCUCCCACUGCACUGUACACUGAUGCAAGGCAGUAUUAUGACUACUUGUUGAACAGGAUAAAUAUCACUUUUGCUCCCAUCAAAGCGACUGAUGGCGACGAGUUCACUCUCACCUUGAGCCGGAAGAUGACAUACGACCAGUUCUCGAAGAAGGUCGGCGAGCAGCUCAACGUGGAAUCAACUCACCUGCGCUUCGCCCCAGUUCUUGCAAGUACCGGAAAGCCAAAGCCGUUCAUUAAACGCAAUCCUAACCAAACCAACCAAACACUGUACCACAUCCUUAGUGGGCAGGUCAGUGGCUACGGUUAUAGCAUGCAUCGCCAAGAUGCACUAUACUACGAAGUCCUUGAAACUAGUCUCAGCGAUUAUGAGUCGAAAACUACGCUGAAAGUAACGCUGCUCCCCGAAGGAAUUACGAAAGAGCAAUUGGUUGAAGUCCUGGUGCCUCGGGACGGGACCAUCGCAGAUCUUCUGGCGGGUCUGCAGAAAAAGGCAAACCUCGAAGAUGACAUCGUCCGAGAAAUGCGGAUUUUCGAGGCCCACAGCGGCAAAAUUUACAAGGAGUACCAAGAAGAUGCUAAGAUCGCCGGCAUCAAUGAGUACGUGACUUUAUACGCUGAGAGGAUACCCGAGGAAGAAAUUCAGAUGCACGACGGCGAACGGACAAUCAAUGCAUUCAACUUUGACCGAGAGCCAAGCAGGCCGCAUGGUAUCCCAUUCAAGUUUGUCAUGAAACCUGGCGAGAUCUUCAAGGAAACAAAAGAGAGGCUCUCCAAGCGAACCGGCAUCAAGGGCAAACAAUUUGAGAAGAUCAAAUUUGCUGUUGUUCCCCGGUCUUUGUAUUCUAACCCGCGGUAUCUUGAAGAUGGUCUCCUGGCCACUCUGGUCUCGACUGUGACGGCGACCGCUUUAACGUACAGACUCGAGGCCAACGAGAAGGCCUGCUUCUAUAACUACGUUGAUCAAAGGAACGCCAAGGUUGCGUUUUAUUUCGCUGUUCAAUCUGGCGGCUCUUUCGAUGUCGAUUACUCAGUUGUCGGUCCCGGAGAGAAGGUUGUCCUAGAUGGAACUAAGGAACGGCAAGGCGACUUUGUCUUUACUGCUCAGAGCAUUGGAGAGUACCGAUUCUGCUUCAACAAUGAGAUGUCAACAUUUGCAGAGAAGAUGGUCGACUUUGAGAUUGCUGUCGAGAAUGAGGAGCGCGCGCAAUUGCCUUUUCGACAAGGUGCGAGUCCCGAGCAGGCAUCGGCCCUUGAAGAGUCCAUCUUCAAACUGUCUGCUCAGCUGUCAACUAUUGCCCGCAACCAAAAGUACUUCCGGACCCGCGAGAACCGCAAUUUCAGCACGGUUCGCAGCACCGAGAGGCGCAUCUUCAACUUCAGUGUGAUUGAGGGCUUGAUGAUGGUUUCGAUGGCUGGUCUGCAGGUGUUUAUUGUUCGGUUCUUCUUCCAGGGUGCACGGAAAGAGAACAACGCAAGGCAAAGUCGGACCAUGCAGCAACCCAAGAACGCGGAACCUACUUUCCCCGUUGACGGAGGAGGAUGUCGGCCUCCGGGCGAGACCCACGUUGAAACCCAACGAUCGGUGGAUCCUAACACGUCUAUUGAAGACUAUAACCGCGUUAUGCUGGAGUAUACCCAGCGACGCAUGUCGACCUUCCUGGACAUGGACGACGGCGGUGGUUCUCCUGCCAGUCGCAGCAGCCGAAGUAGCAACACCAGCGGCAAUAGUGCUGUCUCCACCAGUGGUGUGCUGGCCCGUCAGGCUCCAGCUCCCAGCUUUGUGGAAGCCCCUCACCAUCGCGGCUCCCAGACACCCGACCAUAAGCCCAUGAAGCACGCUGGCGAACCGAAGACAGGGCUUUGA